AUGCCGUCCUAUAUGUCUAGUAGUCUAUCAAUGGUUAAGUCGAUACUAAUAUUUAUUGUUGUACUGAGUAUUAUCGGUUCAAUCGCCCAAUUAUUAUCGGCACUGUUAUCAUUGGCAUCGGCCCAGGAUAUUGAAAAUCUGAGUGAUCAACGUAUGAUGGAAAUGGGUGCAAUAGCUAUGCUUAUAAUGGCACUGGUAUGUUUUACAUUUGAAUUGAUUGGUUUGUUGGGCAUACUGGCCACCAAUUUGUCGGUAAUGUCCGUAUUUGCUAUUGUCAUGACUGUGGCUACAAUUAUCAGCUGUUUUACCGGUACGGGUGGACUCAAGUUUCUGAUUAUUUUGCUGAACCUAUCGAUGUCGGCCCUGUCCUUCAUUUAUCUCUAUCUAUGUGUCAGACGAAAAGAAAAGGAAGAGUUCAGACAACGAAAUUCAAUGUCUGUUUCGGUUAUCAACGAUAUGAACGAUGGACUCAUGAAUAAUACUAAUAAUAUCAACAAUAAUAGCCAUCACAAUGGGAACGGUAGGAAAAUUAGCUCAUAG